AUGGAUGACGGCGGUGACAUGGGUGCGCCGUUGUUUGUCACCAAGUCGUCGAGCCAGUUCCAUGCUAAUGUACCACAGGAUGAUACACCUGUCAUGCCGGAGUCAUGCAAACCACACUCGUUCCUACUUACCCGACCGCUGGCUCGCCCGCAGCCAGCAUUUCAGGCGGAAUCUGACAACCCUGAGUCCGUCCCUUCAGCCGAAUCGACUUCAGAGCCUAUUGAACCCCGCUCUCUCCCUCGACCCACAUAUCUCCCACCGCCACCGAGGAAGAAACAUAUCCUGGAGGACUUUCUUGUCAUCGUGGAUGGACGUCGAUGUGUGAACCUUGAUGGUGAUAUUUUCCCAAUCACAUGGGAAAGCCAUCCAGGACCGCAGAGCAGAUACCCUGAUGCGACUCCCAUUCCUGGAGUAUCGAAGAAGGGUCGAGGACGACGGGCGCCUACUAAGGAGGAUGGUGUGCGCAAGGGUACGACGUACACAUGCAAAGUUGAGGACUGCCGCAAGACGUUUGGGCGCUCGGAACAUCUCAAACGGCACGUCCGCUCGUUGCAUAUGCACGAGAGGAAUUACAUGUGCUCACUCCCGAUCUGCUCCAGCCAGUUUACGCGGCGAGACAAUCUAAUUGCUCACGAGCGCAGGCAUAAGCAUUAUCAGGCUCUCUUUGACUGCACAAAGGACUUCAAAGGCGAGCUCAUGCCCCAGUACCGCCCUCGUCCACCCGACUUGGUGGCAGAAGGGUGGGCCCUCGCAGCGACGCCAUUCCUUGCUGGACUCCCCCAGCGGAACCCUCUGACACCUCUCUUCGCAUACGAUGGCCGUCCCCCGGAUCCGAAAGCUCUCGAGUUUCUAGCUGAGUGCCAGGCUCGUGCUCGUGCUGCUGAGGCUGGUGUAGAGUAUGUGCCGCCUGGUCCUGGCGAGAGUCUUCCUCCUGCGGUCCCAGUGGAUGUUACUACGCUUCCCAAAAUACCUCCUCCGAUCCCGGUGGAGUUUGAGGACACCCUUAUGCCUGAUGGUGUGGUUGUUCGGGGGUGGCGUGUGCUCCCGCAUGAUCCAUCCGCAACUGACUCUCAGCCAUCCACGUCCAAGUCCAAGUCGUCCAAGCGCCGUCGAUGA